AUGACUUCGUUCUUACCAAUUAAUUCAAUAAAACCAAUUAGAAAAAGACGCAUAGAUUGUCCCAAUGAUCAUAUAAUGGUUCUUGUCAAAGAAUUGUAUAACGAUGCAAAGGCGAAUGGUGCUCAAACGGUUCAUUGUUAUCGAAAGGCACUACAAUCGUUAGAAAAAUAUCCUCUUCGAAUAGAAACAGGUUCUGAUUGUCGAAUUUUACAUGGGUUCGGUGAGAAAAUUUGCGAAAUAAUUGAUCAAAAAUUAAAUGUAAAUAAAAAAUCAGCAACACCAACAAAAACAUUGCAAAAAACUGUUUCAGUAUCAAGCCUUGACAAUAGAAAAAAGCCAAGUACGAUGAUUAAUCUUAGUGACGACGAAGAUAAUAGAACUGAUCCACCACCAGCAAAACAAGCAAAAAUAAGUAAUGAAACUAGAAAGAUUACUAAAACAAUUAAGAAAACAUCCAGUGCUGGGCCAAAACUAUUUAAUAAUAAUAAUCCAAUAAAUGUUACAACACAACCAACAACUAUUUCAACACUUCUUGGCAUCAUUGAUUCGCCUGUAAAAACAAACUUAGUUCCGAUGAAACCUGUACAAACAUUAAAACCUGGUUCGUUUCAUAUAACACUUUGUAUUGAUAAUGCUGAAGCAUCAAGACCAACACAAAAAGUUCUUCUUGAACAUUUAACAAAAAAUUCCAUUAGUUUUGAUGUACGAAAAUUAAAUAUUGGUGAUUUUCUUUGGACAAUACGAUCUCAUGAUACAAACAUUAAAGUAGAAGCUAUUCUUGACUAUAUUAUUGAACGUAAACGAUUAGAUGAUCUGUCAAAGAGUAUUAUUGAUGGAAGAUAUAAUGAACAAAAAUUUCGUCUCAAGCAGUGCGGUAUUACAAAUUUAAUCUAUUUAGUUGAAAGUCUAAAGAAUACGAAUGCUCCUGGAAUAUUAACACCAACUGCUCUCAAUCAAGCUAUUGUCAAUACUCAGGUAGCUGAAGAUUUUUUUGUUCGUGAAGUUUCUAAUCCAGUUGAAAUGGCUAACUAUUUAAUAUCAAUGACAAAACACCUGACUAAUCAUUUCAAAGAUAAAACCUUACACAUAUUAAGUGAAAAUGAUAUGAGUAAUAAUUAUAGAACAUCUUUUAAUGAUUCUGAUCAUUAUGUUAUGACAUUUGAAUCAUUCAAUUCCGGCAUUGUUAAAAGCAAACCUCCAACAGUAAAAGAAAUGUUUGCUCGUGCUCUUAUGCAAAUAGCUGGCAUGUCAGUAGAUAAUGUAUUGGCAUUGACAGAAGUUCAUCCAACGCCAUCGAAACUUCUUGAAGCAUACAAUAAAUGUUUGAAUGAAAAAGAACGUAAACUCAUGCUGGCAUCAAUUAAAAAAAUUACAAAUUAUAUGCAAGAAGCAAAUCGUAAUACAGAUUUAAUAUUACAGGCACAAAAAAUAUUAAAAGAUGCUGAUUUACUUGGCCUACAAUCACUGGAUGUGAUUACUGAUUCGUCGUCGACAAUAUCAACAACAAUCGACAAGUAUAUUCUUAAUGAACAUUUAAUUAAUACAUCACGUGACCUUAUCAAUCAAUAUGAACGUAAAGCAAAAUAUGAAAAAUUAAUUAUAACAUCUUUGCUUGUCGUCUUUUUUGCGGUUGCAUUAAAUAUUAUGGCAGACGAUGAUGUAGCAGAUACACCUCCAUCAUCAUCUCGACCAUUUUUUGUUCCUGGUGGAUUUCCUUUUGUAUUCCUUCCAACAACAUUCACAACAGGUUUCUCUGGUGCGAAUAACCACACGCGUAUUUCUACUACCGAUGAUCAAACAAAAACUGAAUCUCAAGAGAGAAAAAUGAACGACGAGAACAGUGAAGAAAUAAAAGUAGUCGACGAAGAAGCAGAAACUGUUGACAAUGAUGAAGCAAACCGCAAUAAUGAGAAUAACGAUUGCUCCGAUGAAAAAGAUGAUCUUCGUAUUAGUCAGCCGAAAUAUAGUCAAUUGUUAAGAGAACUUGAUUUUAGUGGAGCAAAAAUGGUUGAUGUAACAAAUCUCCUAUCUGAUGAACUUGAUGAACAAGUAAAUGAUUCAAUAUCGAAUGGAAACGAGAAUGGAAACCCUGCAGAACUCUUAUCGAAUGAAAAAUAUGAAAGCUCAUCAGCGACACACUCAUCAGUGUCAAGUGAUGAAGUGUUGAAUAAUCAAAAGUCAAAUACUAAUAAGAAUGCUAAUAAUGGUGAUAGGCGCACAAGAGAACAGAUGGAAUUGAAGAAUGCUGCUGAUGAUAUUCAAAAUGAUUUGAAUAAUUUAGCUGCUGUUAUUCAAGCAGCAUCACAAUUAUCAAUGGAAGAAGAUAACAAUAAUCAUUUACAAAAAAGACACAUGUUCGAUGAAGACGAUGAUACAAGUAAACAAGCAACACAAAAUUAUGAUCUUAAUGAUAAUGAACAAGAGGAAAUAUUACCUUCAUCAAAAUCCAGUAAAAUUCCACGUUUAAUUAAUCAACAACAACAACAGUCAAAUAAUAAUCAAAAUGAGAAUAGAUCAUUCAAUCCUCGUACAGAUACGAAUAGAAAUAUUCAUAAUACAGCUCAAAAUCAAGUGAAUGAACAACAAGAACAAAUUUUUGACUGGACAUCUUUAGUUCAUGGAGCUGAAUUGAAAGUUUCUGAUGCAGCUGUUGAUUCUCAUUCAACACAAAAAAAAGCACAAGAACAAAACCCAUCCAUAUCUACUGAUGAAGAAGUCAAACCACGAAUGAAUCAAUUGCCACAACAAAACACUCAUCAUCGAUCUCGUCAAGCAUCAUCGUCAUCUUCAUCAUCCGAUACAGGUUCUGUUGUUCAAUAUGAUUUACAGCGUUCGAAGCAAAAACCACCAUCACCACGAGCACAACAGACAAUACCACACGUGUUUCUACCGCAAACAUUACGUCAAGAUAGUCAGGCAACAUUGAUUGAUGAAAAUCUUGAUGAUUUAAGUAGUCAAAUAAAACAAGUUCUUGAUCAAGAACGACAAACAUAUAAUACAAGUACUAAAGAAGAAAGAACAACAGAUGGUAUCGGUUCAAUCUCAAUGCGUUUAUCAACACCCGAUAUGCGUUCAACUAAUUUACUUGAUCAUGAGACAUCAAAUCGUGUCAAUGAUAAUGAAGCUAGAUUUUCAUCAAAUCAACAGCGUAACCGACGUUCGUCCGAUGCUCAAGAACGUUCCAGUCCACAAAGAAAAAAACCACAUCAUCAUCAAAGACAUGCAACAGCACGACAUUUUGAACGUAAAGAUGCAAAUGGUUCACGAAAACCGGAUGACAAUUGGUUGAAUGUACUUGAAAGACUAGAAUAUGAACAUAAAACACGUUUACAAAGGCAGCAACAACAAUAUGAAGAUCAAAUGCAUACUCUAGAAGACAAAAUGAAAAGACGUUUUGAUGAUUAUCUUACACUAACAAAUGGUUUUCAAGAAUCAAGAUUGGAUAGUUAUGAUGAUCCAAUACGUGUAUAUCCUCCACCAUCAACAGUACCCAUUGAUUCAAAUAUUGGAAGAUAUAAAGAUCAUUCAUAUACUCGUCAAAAUCAAUCAUUAGCUAAAGAUCUUAUUUCACAUUAUUAUCCAGCAGAUUCAACUCUUAAUAUUCUUACAUCAGAAAAAAAGCGAUCAAUUGAUACAAAAAAUCAUGGACUACGUUCACGCUCAAGAGAAGAUACUGUAAAUCUCCGAACAGAACUUUCUGCUAUACAUUCAAAACAUAUAGCUGAUUUAAAAUUAUAUUAUGAAUAUGAAAUAAAUGAACUUAAAAGUCAAUUAAAUCGGGCAAGAAUGGGUAGUCAACCAUCAAGUAGUACACGCAAAUCCGUGGAAACCAUCGGACGAAUUAAUAGUGAAAAUAUUCGUCUACAUGAUGAAGUCAAUGAAUUACGCCAUUCAUUAAAAACAACAGAAGAAGAAAACACUUUACUAAAAAGACAAUUAGAAGAAUUACGAGAACAAUUAAACAGUAGAGAUACUGAUCUAAAAAAUUAUCAUCAUACAAUUGUGCAUCUUGAACAACAAUUAACUGAAGCUGAAAAUACAAAAGAGCGACAAGAUGAAAAAUUUCGCCAUGCCGACAGACAGGCAUUACUCUAUCGCGAAGAAAAUGAAAAGAUCAAGACCGAUCUUAAUCUUACAAGGGAGCGUCUUCUUCGACUCGAAGAACGUUAUAGUGAACAAGAACUUGAAAAUGAAACACUUCGACGACAACUAUUUGUGUUAGAAAAUGAUAGUAAUCGAAUAAAUAACAAUACAACUAUGGCUCUAAAUCAGACAACAUCUGGAGAAUAUGGACGUUUUGCAGUAGCAAAAACACGACAAACAUCACCAAGAACAAAUGUACUACGAGAUACAAAUACUGAUUCUCGAAGAUAUAAAUCAAAUGAUAUUGAAAAUUCAAUGCGUCAUGCACAUUCACCUAGACCGAUGACAAGAAUUAGUGAUUAUCUUAAUGAAAAACCUGUUUUUCCUCCAGCCUAUGUACCACCAUCAAGGCACUCUUAUUCACCAAGAAGAACUUCACCAAAUCGUCGUCGUAUAGAGUCGAUGGCUAAUAGGACAUCAGUCGAUAGACAAAUGAGACAAAGUGAACAGUUAGAACAAAAAUUUGAUCAAUUACUAAGGAAAAAACGUGAAUUAGAAGCCCGUCUAAAUCGUAUACCAUUACGAGGUUUAACUAAUAUAGAUCGACAAUUAUACGAUGUACUUGAACGAGAAAUUGAACGAGUCGAAGAACAAAUAUCGAGUGUUAAACUUGAACUUCGCAAAUUAAGUGUUUUGAGAACGCAUUAA